AUGAAGAACACCUUUCUCCUUGGCACAGUUGCCGUUUCCCUCUUUCCUGGCAUAACGGCGAGUCCUCUUAUCCCAAGUCAACAUCAGGUUACGAAUGUCAACCCUCGCGCACUACCUAAUGCUCUGAACGGAUAUGCCCCAGUCCAUGUUACAUGCCCGAAGACACGGCCCAGUCUCCGAAACGGCGCAACGCUCUCAUCCGAAGAGACGUCUUGGCUUGAGGCUCGACGUGGCAAAACUCUACCAGCUCUAAAAGACUUUUUCGGGCAUGUCCAGAUUGAUGGGUUUGAUGCAGUGAGCUAUCUCGAGAAUCACGCUCAUGACUUAACCAACAUACCCACGAUUGGCCUUGCCAUAUCAGGGGGUGGGCUGACAGCAGCUUUAAAUGGUGCUGGUACUUUCAAAGCCUUCGACAGCCGCACUGAAGGUACAAUGGCCAAGGGCCAGCUGGGUGGCUUACUGCAGUCGACCACCUAUUUUUCUGCUCUUAGUGGCGGCUCUUGGAUGCUUGGCUCAGUCUAUAUCAACAAUUUCACGACGGUUUCUGCAUUGCAGGAGCAGGGAAACCUCUGGAACUUUUCUAGCGGGAAUAUCUUCGCGGGGCCACCAAACAUGGAUCCACAAGAGUUCUGGGGUAAUAUUACAACUCAGGUCAAGACAAAACGGACAGCUGGCUUUGUGACUAGUGACCCAGACGUUUGGGGUCGGGUGCAAGGCUACUUCUUUUUCAAUGCCAGUCAUGGUGGUGUUGACUACACCUGGUCCUCUAUUGCAAAGAGUCAAGCAUUUCAAGAUGCUGAAAUGCCACUGCCAGUAGUAGUGGUCAAGGGGCAGUCUUUUGACAAAGCCCUUGAGGCACCGACCAAUUCAGAGCCGAUUUAUGAGGUGUCGCCUUGGGAGUUCGGCACAUAUGAUAGCUCUAUCGAUGGCUUCGUACCAUUAGAAUACCUGGGUACUCGAUUUAUCAAUGGUAUAGUCCCAGAGAACGAGACCUGCGUACGUGGCUUCGAUAAUGCCGGCUUUAUCACUGGCUCAUCGAGCGACAUCUGGAACCAGGGAAAAUCCGCCGAUAUAGUUGGAACCCUAAAGUCGAUGCUCUCUGAAAUCUCGAAGCAGUCUCUCGAGGAGGCACAAUUUCUCAAACUUGUUAUUGCAGGAGUUAUUAGCGCCACCAACUCGACCAACUCGACAUUGACUGGAUCCGCGGCCUAUGAGCCUAACCCCUUCUACCAGUACAAUACGGACUCGUCACCCUUUGCGCAAGAAAAGCGACUCACUAUUGUGGAUGGUGGUGAAGGCGGCCAGAAUAUUCCAUUCAACCCGCUGAUACAGCGAAACCGCAACGUGGACGUGAUAUUCGGCGUUGAUUCUCUCGGUUCCGAUGGGUCUUGGCCGACGGGCUCAGCCAUCAUCAGCACGUAUGAGCGCACCCUCGACGACCUAGCCAACACUUCCUUCCCAUAUAUCCCAGACCAAAAUACCAUCCUAAACCUGGGCCUCAAUGCCCGCCCCACAUUCUUCGGCUGCAAUAGCUCAAACCUGACCACACCCGCUCCGCUGGUCGUCUAUUUGCCCAACCACCCUGUCACGUAUAAUGCCACGACUACCCUUACGGACACGGACUUCAGCUCUGCUCGCCGUGACGGAUUCAUUAUGAAUGGCUAUAAUGUCGCCACCCAGGCGAAUGGUACCCUUGAUUCCGAAUGGACAACCUGCGUCGGUUGUGCAAUUCUCAGCCGUUCGUUUGAUAGGACCAGCACUACCGUCCCUGAGGCUUGUAGUCGGUGUUUCCAGCGCUACUGCUGGAAUGGAACGAUUGAUGAUCGGACUCCACCACCGUAUAGCCCCUCGGUGCUUUUGCCGAAUACCACUUCAACGACCGGCACAAGCCCGACUGCUUCUAGCAUGGGUCCCUCACUCGACGCCGCGGUCUGGUCUGCAAUUGCGAUGGUUGGAAUGGCCGUUUUCGUGAUCGGCUAA